AUUUCCAAAGACUCAUGUUACAUGAGGAAGCCACCAAGAAGAGCAAAGAAAAGGAUCCAGGGAUGGCUCUUCCUCAGGGACGCUUGACUUUCAGGGAUGUGGCUAUAGAGUUCUCUUUCAUGGAGUGGAAAUGCCUGAACCCUGCGCAGAGGGCUUUGUACAGGGAAGUGAUGUUGGAGAACUACAGGAACCUGGAGUCUGUGGGAUUGACUUCUAAAGACUCUUGGUCCAUGAGGAAGAAACCUGGAAGAGGAAGAGGAAAGCAAAGGAGUCAGGGAUGGCUCCUCCUCAGGAUCUAUUGACAUUCAGGGAUGUGGCCAUAGAAUUCUCUCAGGAGGAGUGGAAAUGCCUGGACCCUGCUCAGAGGACUCUGUACAGAGACGUGAUGCUGGAGAAUUAUAGGAACCUGGUCUCCCUGGAUAUCUCUUCCAAAUGCAUGUUGAAGACAUUGUCAUCAACAGGGCAAGGCAAUACAGAAGUGAUCCUCACCGGGACAUUGCAAAGACAAGCAAAUCAUCACACUGGAGAUUUUUGCUUCCAGAAAAUUGAGAAAGACAUUCAUGGCUUCAAGUUGCAGUGGAAAGAAGAUGAAACAAAUGGUCAUGCAGCACCCAUGACAGAAAUCAAAGUGUUGACUGGUAGUACAGACCGACAUGAUCAAAGGCAUGCUGGAAACAAGUCUAUUAAAGAUCAGCUUAGAUCAAACUUUCAUUCACAUCUGCCUGAAUUGCGCAUAUUUCAGCCUGAAGGGAAAAUUGAUAAUCAAGUUGUGAAAUCUCUCAACGAUACUUCCUCAGUUUCAACAUCCCAAAGAAUUUCUUGUAGGCCCAAAACCCAUAUUUCUAAUAAGUAUGGAAAUAAUUCCCUCCAUUCUUCAUUACUCACACAAAAAUGGGAAGUACACAUGAGAGAAAAAUCUUUCCAUUGUAUAGAGAGUGGCAAAUCCUUUAAUUGUAGCUCACUUUUAAAAAAUCAUCAGAUAAUCCACUUAGAAGAGAAACAAUGUAAAUGUGAUGUAUGUGGCAAGGUCUUUAAUCAGAAGCGAUACCUUGCAUGCCAUAGUAGAUGUCACAUUGGUGAGAAACCUUACAAGUGUAAUGAGUGUGGUAAGAUGUUUGGUCACAAUUCAUCCCUCUUCAUUAACAAGGCACUUCAUACAGGUGAUAAACCUUAUAAAUGUGAAGAAUGUGACAAAGUUUUCAGUCGCAAAUCACAUCUUGAAACACAGAAGAUAAUUUAUACUGGAAAGAAAACAUACAAAUGUAAGGUUUGUGACAAAGCUUUCACAUGUAAUUCAUACCUGGCAAAACAUACUAUAAUUCAUACUGGAGAGAAACCUUAUGAAUGUGAUGAAUGUGGCAAGGUUUUUAAUCGACUAUCAACCCUUGCACGCCAUCGUAGACUUCAUACUGGAGAGAAACCUUUUGAAUGUGAAGAAUGUGACAAAGUUUUCAGCCGCAAAUCACACCUUGAAAGACAUAAGAGGAUUCAUACUGGAGAGAAACCAUACAAAUGUAAAGUUUGUGACAAGGCUUUCGCAUAUAAUUCAUAUCUGGGAAAACAUAGUAUAAUUCACACUGGAGAGAAACCUUACAAGUGUAAUGAAUGUGGCAAGGUUUUUAAUCAACAGUCAACUCUUGCACGCCAUCAUAGACUUCACAGUGCAGAAAAACCAUACAAAUGUGAAGACUGUGACAAGGUUUUCAGGUGCAAAUCAUACCUUGAAAGACAUAGGAGGAUUCAUACUGGAGAGAAACCUUACAAAUGUAAGGUUUGUGACAAGGCUUUCCGGAGUGAUUCAUGCAUUACACAACAUCAGAGAGUUCAUACUGGAGAGAAACCUUACACAUGUAAUGAAUGUGGCAAGGUUUUUAGUACAAAAGCAAACCUUGCAUGUCAUCAUAAACUUCAUACUACAGAGAAACCUUACAAAUGUGAAGAAUGUGAGAAAGUUUUCAGUCGCAAAUCACACCUGGAAAGACAUAGGAGGAUUCAUACUGGAGAGAAACCAUACAAAUGUAAGGAUUGUGACAAGGCUUUCCGGAGUGAUUCACACCUGGCACAACAUCAGAGAGUUCACACUGGAGAGAAACCUUACAAGUGUAAUGAGUGUGGCAAAACCUUCCGUCAGACAUCAUCCCUUAUAAUCCAUCGUAGGCUUCAUACUGGAGAGAAACCUUACAAGUGUAACGAGUGUGGCAAGACCUUCAGUCAGAUGUCAUCCCUUGUAUACCAUCAUAGACUUCAUAGUGGAGAGAAACCUUACAAGUGUAAUGAAUGCGGCAAAGUUUUUAAUCAACAAGCACAUCUUGCACAGCAUCAGAGAGUUCAUACUGGAGAGAAACCUUACAAGUGUAAUGAGUGCAGCAAGACUUUCAGUCAGAUGUCAAACCUUGUAUACCAUCGUAGACUUCAUAGUGGAGAGAAACCUUAAAAGUCUAAUGAGAGUGGCAACGCCUUCCAUCACAAUUCAACCCUUGUAAGUCAUAAAGCCAUUCGUACUGGAGAGAAACCUUACAAGUGUAAUGAAUGUGGCAAGGUUUUUAAUCAAAAAGCAACCCUUGCACAUCAUCAUAGACUUCAUACUGGAGAGAAACCUUACAGAUGGGAAGAAUGUGACAAAGUUUUCAGUCGCAAAUCAAACCUUGAAACAUAAGAAAAUUCAUGCUGAAGAGAAACCAUAUAGAUGUAAGGUUUGUGAGAAGAUUUUCGCAUAU